AUGUCAAGCGGAGAAGCUUCGUCUUCUGGAUUGAGUUUGGAAGGGCUCGACGAUGUUGAAGAAUUUCCCUGGGUGAAUGACGGAGAAGGGUCGUCGAUGUCGUGGGAACGAUUUAGUGAUGUUUAUGAUCUCAUGCAGAUGGGGAACAAAGCUUUCCGAGCGAAUCGAUUCGAUGAGGCAAUCAACUGCUACUCGAGGGCUCAUAAUAUUAAACGAGGCGAUCCUAUCAUUCUCAGCAAUCGAUGUGCUACUUAUCUCAGGAGUAGUCAGUUUCUGAAACAGAGACCUCCAUCAGCUUCUGAAUAUAGACCGUUGAGUGGCCUUGAUCCAACAAUACAUGCUGGACUUGCUUUAAAGGAUGCUGAGAAGGUCAUGAGCAUUCGAAUUAAUUCAAUAACUUCCUACAUUUUGAAGGCUCAUGCUCUCAUCUUGGUGAGAUCUCUUAUUGAAGUUCUUGAUAGCCACAAUUAUAAUCGGUGA